AAAAAAACCACACAUAUCAAAGUAAGCAAAGUUUCAAUUCUCCUGACAAAUAUCAUGUCAUCCAAAAACGACACCGUCGAUGAAAAACAAAAUGUGUCCGAAUGUUCAGUAGAAGAAGUAGCUUUAAUCGUACCCGAAACCGACGACCCGACAAUACCCGUAAUGACAUUUCGAGCAUGGACACUUGGUAUUGGUUCAUGCAUGGUUUUAAUAUUUCUAAACACUUUUUUUAUUUAUAGAACUCAACCAUUGGCAAUAUCAGCGAUUUUAAUGCAAAUCGCGGUAUUGCCAAUUGGUAAAUUCAUGGCAGCAACGCUGCCAAAAAAAGAGUUUAAAGUGUUAGGAAGGAGUUUUAGUCUAAACCCGGGUCCAUUUAACAUGAAAGAACAUGUCAUAAUUACGGUUUUCGCGAAUUGUGGUUUUUCUGGUGGUGGUGGUGAUGCGUAUUCGAUUGGUGCAAUUACUGUUAUGAAAGCUUAUUAUAGACAAAGUUUGAGUUUUCUUUGUAGCUUGAUUAUUGUCUUGACUACUCAGAUAUUAGGAUAUGGAUGGGCAGGCAUGUUGAGAAGGUAUCUGGUUGAUCCAGUGGAAAUGUGGUGGCCUGCUAACCUUGCACAGGUUUCUCUAUUUAGAGCCUUACAUGAAAAAGAAACGAAAGCACAAGGCAUGACAAGGAUGCGGUUUUUCUUGAUAUUCUUAGUUCUGAGUUUUGCAUAUUACGCGCUUCCUGGCUAUCUUUUUCCAAUAUUGACAUUCUUUUCAUGGGUUUGCUGGGCUUGGCCACAUAGCAUAACUGCACAGCAAAUUGGGUCGGGUUACCAUGGUCUAGGUGUGGGUGCAUUCACCCUCGACUGGGCUGGUAUUUCGGCUUACCAUGGGAGUCCAUUAGUCACACCUUGGACUUCUAUUCUCAAUGUUGGAGUUGGGUUCAUCAUGUUUAUAUACAUUAUUGUUCCUGUGUGUUACUGGAAGUACAACACAUUUGAUGCCCAAAAAUUCCCAAUAUUUUCUAACAAGCUGUUCACGAGAACUGGUCACGAGUAUGACACCACUCAAAUCUUGACACCACAAUAUGAUCUAAACAUCGCUGCUUAUGACAGCUAUGGCAAACUCUAUUUGAGCCCAUUGUUUGCGCUUUCCAUUGGAUCAGGAUUUGCUAGGUUCACUGCAACACUCACGCAUGUGGCUUUGUUUCAUGGCGGGGACAUAUGGAAGCAGAGUAAAUCUGCAGUGCAAAAUGCAAAAAUUGACAUUCACGCUAAACUAAUGAAGAGUUAUAAACAAGUGCCACAGUGGUGGUACCUUGUGUUGUUGUUUGGAAGCAUAGCCUUAUCACUCGUCAUGUGUUUUGUCUACAAAGAGGAUGUGCAACUUCCAUGGUGGGGUUUUCUCUUUGCAUUUGCCCUGGCUUUUAUCGUUACACUCCCCAUUGGUGUCAUUCAAGCUACUACUAACCAGCAACCUGGCUACGACAUCAUAGCACAGUUUAUAUUUGGGUAUAUGUUACCUGGAAAACCGAUUGCCAACUUGCUUUUCAAGAUCUACGGACGAAUCAGUACAGUUCAUGCUCUUUCUUUCUUAUCGGAUCUCAAGCUUGGACACUACAUGAAGAUCCCACCUCGAUGCAUGUUUACAGCUCAGCUAGUGGGUACUCUCGUUGCUGGGACAGUGAAUCUUGCGGUAUCAUGGUGGAUGUUGGAGAAUAUAGAAAACCUAUGUGAUAUAGACGGACUUCACCCCGAAAGCCCAUGGACAUGCCCCAAGUUCAAGGUCACGUUUGAUGCAUCAGUUAUAUGGGGACUAAUUGGACCAGAACGUCUAUUUGGACCUGGUGGUUUGUAUAGAAACCUUGUAUGGCUGUUUCUAAUUGGAGCAUUGUUGCCAGUACCCGUGUGGGUAAUGAGCAAGAUUUUCCCUGAAAAGAAAUGGAUUCCUUUGAUCAAUAUACCUGUCAUAUCGUAUGGUUUUGCUGGAAUGCCGCCAGCAACACCAACAAAUAUAGCAAGUUGGCUUGUCACGGGAAUGAUCUUUAAUUACUUUGUGUUCAAGUACAAGAAACAAUGGUGGAAGAAAUACAAUUACAUCCUAUCUGCUGCACUUGAUGCAGGGACGGCGUUCAUGGGAGUUUUGUUGUUCUUUGCUUUUCAAAACGAGGGCGUUGAGUUGAAAUGGUGGGGGGCAAAACCAGACCACUGUCCUUUGGCUAAGUGCCCAACGGCUCCUGGAAUUAAUGUCACGGGCUGCCCAAUUUUUUAGGCUCGGGAUAUCAGUAGUUAUGUUAGUUAGAAUAAGGGGAAUAUGCAUGUUUAAAAACGCUUACGUUUGGUCUAACCAGUUAAUGUGCAUUAGUGUAAAUUGUUUAACCAAAGAAGGUUUGUUUGUAUAUGUAUUUGUAUCAGGAGUUGCAUAAUGCAGAUGAUUAUGCCUUAUUUGGUUUCAUGAUUUGAAUCGAGAGGAAUGCAAUUUUUGUGAAUA